CCCACGACAGGGAAAAAACAGUGAGGUUGGGGUUAAUUAGGGUUUUGCUCAGGGAGAGAGAGUAAAAGAGAAGAGCGAGCCAUGAGCAGGAGCUUAGGGAUACCGGUGAAGCUGCUACAUGAGGCCUCUGGGCACGUAGUUACGGUGGAGCUUAAGAGCGGAGAGCUUUACAGAGGAAGCAUGGUGGAGUGCGAGGAUAAUUGGAACUGCCAGCUCGAGAACAUUACCUACACUGCUAAGGAUGGGAAGAUCUCACAGCUCGAGCAUGUUUUUAUAAGAGGCAGCAAAGUGAGGUUUAUGGUCAUACCAGAUAUGUUAAAGAAUGCUCCUAUGUUCAAGCGGCUGGAUGCUAGAAUCAAGGGUAAGAGCACAUCACUUGGAGUUGGCCGGGGUAGAUCUGUUCAAUUGCGAGCUAAAGCUCAAGCUGCUGGCCGCGCAGCACCUGGUAGAGGCGCUGUACCACCAGUGAGGAGGUGAUGCUUGCCUAUGGUGUGAUUUAGAGCUAUUCUAUAUCUCAGUUGCCUAAGUAAUCAAUUAGGAUCCCUGCACUUGCUAUCCUCAAACUCGGUGUAAUUUUUGUAAUGGGAAGAAAUGGAAUCUAUCAUUGCCUGGAAUGUAAGUGACUGUCAUAUACUUGUACGAAUGAAUGUAGUUGACUUGAAUAUCUAUCCGUUUCUAUAUGCCAAAUGUCUGCAGUGCGAAUCAUGUUUGUGCAUGUU